AUGGGAGAGAGCUCGGGCGUUAAUGCUCCUCUGGAGACUCCACUUUCACCAUCUUGGCAAAAAGCGAGGACAAAGUACUGGUGGCGUAAGGAUGCAGCCGAGCAGGCGACGGAUUCCGGGAGAGCUAGACGGCCGGCUGAGGUCUCUGCUCGGGACACCUCCAUGGCGGACCCGGGGGCCUUUAAAAGGCGACUCGCAUGGCGUUGCUAUCGGUGCCUCGGCCUCGACCAUCGAGUAGCGCAGUGCAGAGAUCCGGUCCGGUGCCUUCGGUGCAACGGCGUCAGACACAUCUCCCGCCUCUGCCCCUCCCGCCGCCGCCAACCCAUCCAUAGUCGCCUAACCUUUCCAUCGCCUGACCGCCGCCGCCCCAUCUCCACCAAACUCCGCAACCGCCUCGUGUUCCCUCCUGAAAGCAUCCACAGCCGCCUUGUCUUUCCGCCCCUCCAUAGCAACCCGCCGAACACAUCUGAGCCACCUCGCCCAUCGCCAGCAGCCUCCCUGGAGAUGGAGAACGUUCCGGGGCACGCUCUGAACCGCCCGGCGCGCAGCUCGGUCGUCCUGGCGUCCGGCGAGGCCAUGACCCGCGAGGCCAAGCGCCUGAUGCUCCAUGCGGUCACCAUCGUCAUGCCGCCGGGGGGCUACAGCCCCAGCAUCAGCGAGGUGGGAUACGCUCUGUCCAACCAGCUGCACGUGGCGCGGGGAAACUUCCACGUCGCGCCCCUCAAGCCGGGCGUGUUCCUGGCGGACUUCAAGGCCUCGCCAGAGCACGACCGCGCCUUCCUCAAGAGCUUCAUCGAGAUCGGCGAGACCGUUCUUCCCAUUCGCCCGUGGCGUCCAUCGGGUGGACCUAGGGAGACCACAUGGCUGUUCCAUGCCAAGAUCACCAUGGAGAACGUCCCCAUUGAGGCUUGGAACGAAGGAGUCACUCAUCCUGGGAGAUUGCUACAUCCUGGACAGACUGGAUAG